AUGGGCUCUCCAGACGAUUUUAACCGCGUAAUGAGUGUCAAUGCCAAAGGUGCGUUUUUCAUUGCAAGAGAGCUUCAGAGUAAAUUUACUGCUGAUGCAAGGGUUUUGUAUUUAACUUCUUCGGUGGGAGAAGCGUAUAAAGUUCCUUAUCCAUUUUAUGCUAUCUCAAAAAAAGCCUUGAAUAUGGUUUAUGAAGUUAUGAAAAAGGAAUUAAAAGGAAUUUUGGUGGCUGCAGUGCAUCCUGGCUUGGUCAAAACUGAUAUGUACCAUGUGCAAGUUGGAAAAAUACCUGGGUUUAACGAGAGGAUUGCAAUUGAUCCAAGCAUUGCUGCUAAAUUUUUGAAGUUCAUUUUGAGUGAAAAAGUUAACGCAAAAGAGUACUCAGAUGAAAUUUGGAGUAUCUAUAAUUUGCAUCAUCAACCUAGGUGGUUAGAAGAAGGAGAUGAAGCUCCUGGCCAACAAAGUAGUUAGUUUAGUUAUUAGUUUUAAAUGGCAAUACGUGGGCGAGCCAGCGGAACACAACACCUCAGCUCGAAAGAUGCUUUCGGUCGGGUUCUGAUGUGACCAUACUCCUGGCCGGACGCCAUCUUGAUUUCUGUUCUGAACCACCUGAUCAUAGGAUCAGCUCCUCAGGGCAGAGCCACUUUUUGGAGAGUGCCCCGAUGGCCCCGCUGAGGGAAGACCAUGUGGUAGGCAAAACCUGUCUAGCCCAUCUGCAGGGACAGAAAACCUUCGGGGGAGAAAUAAAACUUCCUUUUCGGCACGGCUUCCCCACCUCUGAAGGGCUACUUAAGACAGGGAGCGAGGCCCUAUAUUUCAGCUUCAUCAGAAAUGGGUCCUACCAGCUCCAUAGGAGGUGUGCCUCGGAGUCCAAUUUCCGUCAACGUCACCAUUUUAUUUCUCCCUGGCCAGCAAGGGUAG